AUGGGUCGCCGCUCGUCUGAUAGUGAGGAUGACAGUCGGAGCAGACGGAAGAGAAAACAACGUCGCCGUUCGUCUUCUUCUUCGUCCUCCUCGUCUUCCUCCCGCAGGGAGCCGCUCCAGAGACAGAAACCGAGACAGAGAUCGGGACCGGGAGACAGAGACAGGAGGCGGAGAAGACGUUCCAGCAGCAGUUCAUCUCACAGUUCAUCGCGCAGGAGGCGGAGCCGCAGUGCAGACAGGGAUAAAGGAAGAAGCCAUCGGUCACACAGGUCACGCAGCCGAGACAGAAGGUCCUACUCUCACCACCGCCGCUCCCACAGUCGCAGCCACAGCCGCCGGAGGAGCCGCAGUCGUGACCGGAGCCGGCGCAGGGAUAAGGACCGUGACAGGGAGCGAGACAGGGACAAAGACAGGAGCAAAGACAAGAUGGACAAAAGGGGAGACCCUGGGAGCAUCAAAUCCAAAGGACUGGAACAUCUGACUCCAUCUGAACAGGCCAAGGUCCGAAUGCAACUGGUUUUACAAGCCGCAGCCAAGACAGACGAGGCGCUAAAGGCUAAAGUGGCAAAAAGAGAAGAAGAUGCCCGCAAGAAACUGCUGGAAGAGGGAACUUCUCUAGAGGAGCAAGUGCGAAGGAUAAAGGACAUUGAAGCCAUCGAGAGUGAUUCUUUUGUUCCUCAGGCUUUCAAAUCAUCCCGGGACCAACUAAAGGUUGAAGUAAAAAAGGAAGAAGAAAAAACAAGUCCUCAGGAACUCAGUUUUCCACUGUCCACUGUCUACAAUGACACGGAUACUUUGGCUCAUCCUAAUCUGUUCAUGGACAAAGACAAAGCGGAGGAACUGUGGAUGAAGAGACUGAUCUCCCUACGACAGGAAAGACUAUUGGGCAGUCCUGUCACUUAAGGAACUACUGGCAGAAGACCCUGCUGUCAGCUCAUGCUGUCAGCUCCAUUAUUAUCAGUUAAAGAAGUGUAUAGUUUUCAAAAUGUAGUGAAGGUAAACUUUUUAUGCCAUUGUUCCUCUUUUAGUGACUUAUGCUUGUGAUGUUUUUAUUUAAUAUGGUUUCUGUAAAAUAAACAAACCACAGAGACUGA